GUGAGUGAGUGAGUGAGUGAGUGAGAGAGAGAGAGAGAGAGAGAGAGAGGGCGCGGGGAGGGGAUUGCGAAAAUAAGAGGUGAAAGGGAACGAGGAGAGCAGCAGCACUGGGAUCAGUCACUCUCGGCUGGUCCUCCGACCCAGCAAACAACAUCCAGUGAUCAGAUCGCCCGUUAUUCUGCUAUGCGCAUCGGACGCGGAGACGCCGCUUGCUCUUUGGUUUAACAGAUCUCUCGCAUCUCUCUAAAGCGGAGUUUGACAUUCAUGCCCAGCGGAUUUGUGUUAAAUCUUUCAUUGUGUAUCACCGGACGCGAUGGAGCAUUGGAAACAGUGCGCGUUAUGGCUGAUCAAUUGUAAAGUGCUCCCAGCGAACCAUCGGGUGACAUGGGAGUCCGCUCAGGUGUUCGACCUGGCGCAGACCCUGCGCGAUGGGGUCCUUCUGUGCCAGCUUCUCAACAACCUGAGACCCCAGUCCAUCAACCUGAGGGAAAUCAACCUGAGACCUCAAAUGUCACAGUUUCUCUGCUUGAAGAACAUCAGGACCUUUUCACACUCCUGCUCGGAGAUCUUAGGCAUGAAGAAAAGCGAACUGUUUGAGGCCUUUGAUUUGUUUGACGUUCGAGAUUUCGGAAAGGUUAUGGACACAUUGUCCAAGCUCUCACAUACACAUGUUGCACAGCAAACUGGAAUAAGACCGUUUCCAACAGAAGAGAGUGUUGAAGACGAGGACAUUUAUAACCAUCUUGAGGAUCUGAUAGAUGAAAAUGGCGUUGAAGAUGAGGAGGAUCUAUACGACUGUGUGUACGACGAUGAUGAAGGUGGAGAAGUGUAUGAAGACUUGAUGAAGGUUGAGCUGGUUCAGCCACAGAAACAGGCAGAAACCGACGUCAGGAGCUGCUGUCUAAUGGAAAUCAAACAGACGGAGGAGAAAUAUACAGAGACGUUGGACUCAAUAGAGAAAUUUUUCAUGAAGCCUUUGGGACAGUCGCUUUCCAGCGCGGAGAUUGAAAAAGUGUUCAUCAAUAUUCCAGACCUUGUAAAAGUGCACGUGAGCCUGCUGAAGGAGGUCCAGGAUUCUGUUCUUCAUCAUAACGCCAGUAACCUGCACCAGAUCUUUAUCAAAUACAAAGAGAGAUUAGUCCUGUAUGGGAAAUACUGCAGUCAAGUAGAAUCGGCCAUUGCGUGUUUGGACGACAUCUGUAAGAACAGGGAGGAUGUCAGGCAGAUGUUAGAAUUAUGCUCCAAGCGUGCCAACAAUGGAAAGUUUACUCUGCGAGAUCUACUGGUUGUUCCAAUGCAGAGAGUUCUUAAAUAUCAUCUGCUUCUACAGGAACUGGUAAAACACACCCAUGAUGCCACAGACAAGACUAAUUUACGUGAAGCUCUGGACGCCAUGAAGGACCUGGCCCAGUAUGUCAAUGAGGUCAAGAGAGACAUCGAAACUCAGCGGGAUAUCGACCAGUAUCAGAAAUCUAUAGAAAACCUUAAUCAGUCUCUCCGUAACUACGGGCGACCGAAAGGUGACAGCGAAGUGCGAGUAGCUACAGUCGACAAGCGAGCCAAACAGGACAGGCACAUCUUUCUAUUUGAUGCCGCAGUCAUCGUAUGCAAACGACGGGGGGACAACUACGAAAUGAAGGAGGUCAUCGACCUCCACUUCUUCAAGAUCACCAACAACCCGACCUCAGACAGAGAGAAUCGAAAGUGGUCUCAUGGAUUCUACCUCACACACAACCAGGGACAAACCGGGUUCGAGUUCUUCUUCAAAACCAAAGAGGUCAAGAAGAAAUGGUUGGAACAGUUUGGCAUGGCACUAUCGAACAUCUGUCCAGAGAGUGGGACAAGUAAUUUCCAUGAGUUCCGCAUGCACACCUUCGAGACGACCACAUCCUGCAGCUCGUGUAAGAUGCUGUUGAGAGGGGUCUUCUAUCAAGGCUACCGCUGCUCCAAAUGUGGCGUCGGCGCCCACAAGGAGUGUCUCGGCAGAGUGGACGUCUGCGUCAAAAGCAGCGCUGGUGAGCUUCCCACACACUCUAAUGACAGAGGUCCGGGUUUGCCCAAGAUGUUGGUCAUUCGGAAUUAUUAUGGAGUCCCCAGCCCCCUGUGCGGCCCACCCCUCAACAUCCAAGUUGGUGAUGUCAUCGAACUGGUCGAAGCAAACAUACGCAGCUGCUGGUGGAAGGGUAAAGUCCUGGCAACUAAGGAGAUUGGCUUCUUUCCAAGCGACGCAGUGAAGCCUUGCCCAUGUGUACCCAAACCUGUCGAUUACUCUUCACAGCCAUGGUUUGCCGGACCUAUGGAGAGGCUGCAGGCGGAGGCUGCGCUGCUCAACAGGAGAAGCAGCACAUAUCUGGUCCGUCACAGGAGCAGAGAGUUGAAUGAAUACGCCAUCAGCGUCAAGUACAACAACGACGUGAAACACAUCAAGAUCUUAGCAAAGGAGGGAUGCUUCCACAUUACCGAAAACAGGAAGUUCAGAAGCAUUUUAGAGCUGAUCGAGUAUUACAAACAUCAUUCUCUGCGGGAGGGAUUCAGGACACUCGAUACCACGCUGCAGUUCGCCUACCGAGAGCCGGAGAACGGAGCCAACACUCCGUUGCUCUGCGGGCUUUCUUUUCUAACUACCGCCGGCUACAGCUUUGUCCCUCCCUCUGCAGCUCCAUUCUGGUCAGUGUUCGCUCCUAAGGUGAUGGGUGUUGCAAUAGCCCGUUACGACUUCAGCUCCAGGGACACACGAGAGCUGUCGCUGCAGGAGGGCGAUGUGGUUAAGAUCUACAGCAAAACAGGAGCCAACGGCUGGUGGAGAGGAGAAGUCAAUGGGCGGGUGGGCUGGUUCCCUUCCACCUACGUAGAAGAAGGAGAGGAAUGAAGGUGUGAACGGAACAGAAAGGAAAUGGAUCACUAAGAAGGCAGAAAUACACGGCUUUUGAUCGGCUGUCUCUCUGUUUCUCAUCCUGAAGGACGUCAGAGGGUGUGCUCGGGGUUUGAUGGAUGACGGACUGUCUCUCAGUCAACAGAUUAUCAAACACAACCCCGGAGCACUCGCUCGGACCGGACUGCAUUUACAACCGCCCUCCGGGGUGCUGGAGGAUUUCAGACCUGUGUUACCGGUGAGACGGAACGGAUGGAAUGGCACUGAGAUGACGCCAUGAGCUAUUUUUGUGUGUCUGUUUGUGCUGACCUUGCCGGAGUCCUCCUUACCCAGACUCCGCCCAGAGGUGCUUUUUUACACGCAAAUACCACCUCCCUCCCUCUCCCAACCAUUCAUUCAUCUCAGAUUAAGAUCCCAGACGCGUCAUGUUGGCGCUCAAACGUAAUUGAUCGCUGUAUUCCUUCUUACGAAAUCUCUCAUUUUCAGAGUUCUGCCAUUGUACGUCGCCCCGUUUGUGCGCUUAUCUCGGCAGACGCAUUGUGGGGUUGUCGCGGCCCGUUUAUCUGAUUCGUGUGUUACGGCAUCGCCGGGGAGACAUUCAGCGAGUUGGCACCAGCCAGGCAGUUGACGGCAAACAAAGGGCUUCGCAGUGACAGGCCUGUAAACAGCUUUUUCGGCAGGGGCCCACGGCCCUGGAAACAUCGAGUAGCAUCAUGCAGAAGGGAUUCUGUUAGAUACCACAGGCACUGGCUUCUCACUCAAAUAAUGAGAGGGAUUUACACACAUUUGCAGGAAUAAUUGACGCUUUGGAGAACAACGAACCAGAUAAUUUGGCUUUAUAUCCACCCAGUGGACCAAAGCACAUUGCACAUCUCUCAGAAUGUGUGUAGAAACGAGACCGAUACGGGUUUUUGAAAUCUCAAAGUUGUAAUCUUGUCUUGAACAAUAGGAUCUGGAGAACGAUCUGUAAAUGUAAAGGUGUCAGUUGUCUGUGCUGUUGAAGACGACGGGAUGACAGAUGUGUCGGCAUUGUUUCACAUCCUCCAUCACUGAAAUCUUCUCACAUGUAGCUGUGGGAUUCAUUCACACAAGGGUUUCCAGAUCUGUUAGGUAUUCGGUAGAUGCUUCACCUGCCUCCAGCUAAACAUAAAUGUGCGAGCUUUAAACUGUUAAAACGCCAUGAAACAAAAGCAAGUUGAAGCGACAGUCUUUAAAAGGGAAAAGGUCAUGUCAGGAAACACUUCAGAGCGCUAGUUUGUCUCGAAUGGUUAGAUAAAAGCGCUCUUACAAAGAAUGUUUGUUUAUUUGUGAUCUGAAAAAAGAGCUUGGCGGGAAAAACGCAUUCGCUUAACUGAGGAAUACAGAACAAACGUGAGCUGCAGCUACAUACAAAGCUAGGAAACGAACGAAACUUAAACGUGCCUGUAGUGCAGACCGAUGUAAUGCUUUGAACGCAAGGACAGAUAUUUGAUCAAUGCAUCUAAUACUCUAUCUCCGUUUUUGUUUGUAGCUUUCUUUGAGAUUUCCAAAGAUUUACUAAAUGUAAAGUUGUCAUCUGAUACGGAGCAAGAAUCGAUUUUUUUAUUCAUGUACAAUGCGAAGACACGUAGAGUAAAAAUGGGUAAAUAUUUAUUUAUAGACAGAUUCAUAAAUAUCUGUUUUAUGUUUGAAUGUGACAAAUUUAUAAACAUCUGUGUUGGAUUUUGGGAUUCAUAAUGUGAAUCCAUUUCACUGCCCUUCUGACACAUUGUAGUGCAAAGUAACACCACCAGGGGGCAGCAGCACAAACAGGUGUGUCACUCCCAUCUUUCUCUGCAGCUCUUUUUCACAGUCAUUAUAAUCACAUCUACCAUCAGUUUACAGCACAGUCCAAAAUCAGGGCUAUCCCUCCUUUAUGUUCAAAGGUUAAAGGUCAGUUUCAGAAUCGCUGUUUUUUCUUUUCUUUUCGGGCAUUAACUGAAAGAGGAUUUUUGCUGGGGCACUGAAAUCUGGAGUGAAAUCCGUGCCCAAGGCAGAUUAUAGUCUCCUCCUGGGUGCACUGUUCCCUACACUCAAACUGCGAGCAGUAGAAUUGGUUUUCUAAGCUUUCUCACCGGUAAUCUGUUCCCACUCCGCUCUCCCCAGAGAUGAACCCUGACAGGACGGAUUUAACAGGCUUCCACACAUCCUUAUAUAUUUAUAUACAGCAGAGUCUGUGGGCCACUAAUCACCCAGCGAUCUCUAACCUCGACGGAACAGGAUUUCUGUCUCUCUCUCUCUCUCUCUCUCCCACACACGCAAUAUCUUCCUCUGUGUUCUUCAUCUCACACCUUUAUAAUCGUAUCUCAUUCUGCUCUCCUGUGGAUGUGUUUCGAAAUCUUGUGGUGCUGAAGCCGGGCUGUCCCGUCAUGCCUUUGCGCAAAAAAUAAGGUGUACUUGUCUCAUGUGUUGUGUUGUUGUGUUCUUUGAUUAUUUUUGGAAAUAUAUAUACAGUAUGUAAAUAUUGUCACAAACAAUAUUGGGGCCUUGGGGCUGUUGAACUUGCAAAAAAGCCAUAUUUAUGUAACACAACGGUGGUAUACUAACGGUACACGGAGUAUCUCAUGGAUCUGCUGACCACUGAAGCCAAAGACGUAGCACGUUUGAUGCCUAGCCUAGUCACCAUGGUAACCGCCGGUGUGGCCUAACCCGUAGCUGUGCAAUUUUGAGUGUCCUACAGCGGCACAUGCUGUAUCACACCUGUACUGUACAUAUGUAAAGUCACAAUAAACAUGUAUAUAGCUUCUUUUUCAAA